AAUCAAGGAUGCCAUUGUUUUGGAAUAAUUAACAUAUAUAGCUAGCGAUUAACUUGAGAUUCAUAAUAACACAGUGUUUUAGGAACUUUUGAGGAAAAAAGUUGUGUGCAAAAGAGAAUCAUAUAUACAAUGGGGAAACAUAAGUUCGUUUUGCUUUUCACUCAUAUCUUGGUUUUCAUGGCUCCGGUUAUUUUUGCUGGUCUCUUCUCAUCACCUGAACCUGGUAAUGAACUAGACGACAAGGAUGCUGCAAUGGAUGCAUUUAUUAAUCCUCAUGAUCCCGACUCGUUUGCAGCAGAGUUUGCCGAUGACAAGGGUUCAGAAAGGAGGGACUUACAUACCACAUGCGAAGCAAGAAACGAUAUAGACAAAUGCUGGAGGGGCAAAUCCGAUUGGGCAGAAAACCGUCAAGCAUUAGCCGAUUGUGUUCUUGGUUAUGCAAAAGGAACCACAGGUGGCAAGGGUGGAGACAUCUACGUGGUGACUGAUCCUUCAGAUGACGAUUGUGAGAAUCCAAAGGAAGGGACGCUACGUUUUGGUGUUACUCGAGAUAGACCUUUAUGGAUUACAUUCGACAAAGAUAUGGUGAUCACGUUGAAACAUGAGCUCGUGAUUAAUAGUGACAAGACAAUUGAUGGUAGAGGUGCCUCUGUCGAGAUUGCUAAUGGUGGAGGUCUGGGUGUAUACAAAGUGAACAAUGUCAUUAUUCAUGGGAUCCACAUACACCAUAUAAAAGUAGUAGAUGGUGGAAAGAUUAGGACUUGUGAGACCAAAGCUGGGUCAAGAUCAAAAAGCGAUGGAGAUGCUAUUUCCGUUUUUGGUUCUACAAAGGUAUGGAUCGACCAUGUGACACUCGAUCAUGGCGAAGAUGGGCUCCUUGAUGUCACCAUGAAAAGUACAGCCGUAACCAUUUCCAACUGCGAUUUCAACCAUCACGACAAAGUGAUGUUGCUAGGGGCAGAUGAUUCGCAUACGGAAGAUAAAGACAUGUUAGUCACAGUCGCAUUCAACAGGUUUAAUGAAGGAUGUACCCAAAGAAUGCCUAGGUGUCGUCAUGGUUUUUUCCAGGUAGUUAACAAUGACUAUAACAAAUGGAAAAUGUAUGCUAUUGGUGGUAGCAGUAACCCUACUAUCUUGAGUCAAGGCAACCGAUUUUUGGCUGCUGAUGAGAAAAGAUUAAAACAGGUGACAGCGAGGAAUAACGCUGCUGAGGAUGAAUGGAAGAACUGGAAGUGGAAAUCGGAAAAUGACAUUUUCUUAAAUGGAGCUUACUUCGUACAAUCAGGUGGUGAUAUACAACCAACCCCUGAACAGAGUGCAGGCCUGAUUCCACCUUCCACGAUACCCGUUGAGACACUCACUCGUGAUGCUGGCAAACUUAAAUGCCUACCUGGGCAGCCUUGUUGAGGACUCUAAAACAAAAAAGGCAAAUAUUGAUGUUCUGAAGGUGACAUGAAGGAAUGAUAACCCUAAGGAAGAGUGGAAUUAAAGUACUCGCAUAACAUGACAAUUUCCUAAUUGACGCUUACUUCGUAGAAUCCGGAAAAGAUGUACAGUUAAGGAACC